UCAAAAACAAACACGUUGACCCGCCAGGUGCUGGGGUUUAGCACACGUUUUGGCGAUUGCGUCAAAAUUUCACUAUUCUACGUGAAAACUGUUAUUCCGCGCUCACCGCUGUGUUCUUCGUCGGUUAAAUCGCUUAUUCUAGCAGUUAGCACCUCCAAGGAUAGAUCAGUGUUUCAUUCAGCAAUCCUGGUGGUCUUUUAGCGAGUCCAACUGUGAUGUUGUGAAUCAUUGUUAAAAUCAAGAAGGACUUUGCUGCUAAGAAAUAUCAUUCCAGAUAUGAUACAAAGAAAAUUAAGUCUUCAAAGAGUCCAUGCAGAGAUUGAGAUUGAAGGGGAUCAAAUAACAGAGAAUGAUGAUCAUGGCAUGCCAGUAAAAAUAAACAGGCAGAUCUCAAAAGGUGGGAAUGAAGAGAGUCAUGAAGAGGGUAAAGUUGUGAAUGAGGAUGAAGCUAGAAAUGUGGCCAAGGAUAAUGAAAUGGCAGAUGGAGAUGUUAUUGGUGUUGAAGAGGCCCAGAGUCCUCAAGAAAUAGCUGAACAAGAGUCACCUUCCAACACAGCUGGUGGUGUAGAUGACUCACCUCAAGAGGCCAAUGGUGGGUCAAAACGACUUCGCAUGUACAAGUGUGAACGGUGCAAUUCACAGUACAUGGGUCUGGCCAUGUUACGGCAGCAUUGCCGAGAUGUCCAUGGUGAUCAGAAAUACUACAAGUGUCAUGUUUGUGGUAAGCUGUUUAGCCAUCCAAGCAGCCGUAACAUCCAUUUAAGGUUGCACUCUGGAGAGAAGCCUUACAAAUGUAGCACUUGCGGCAAGCAGUUCAGGGUGUCUUCCCAUCUGAAAGACCAUGUUAGGGUGCAUACAGGGGAGCGUCCAUAUAUUUGUGAUAUUUGCCACAAGGGGUUCAAGCAGUCAAGUGACUUGAAGAAGCAUAGGCGUACCCAUACCUUGGAUAAACCAUACAAGUGUCCUAUCUGCCCAUCAGCCUUUACCCGUUCACACCACUGUCGAGGCCACAUCAAUUCUGUGCACAAGUUCUUCAAGUGUGUUGUUUGCAGUGCCUUGUUUACCUCUGAGGAAGCAUUUGAACGUCAUAAAGAACUCCAUCCCUCUGUAUUAUUAGACCAAGGAGAGCCAGAGCAAAAAAUUCCAUCUAACAGGAAGGCAAUGAGUCAAGUAGCUGUCAUGUCUGAGAGGUCUGAAUCUGGAGAUAACAUGAACCAACAAGACAGGGAAUCAAUUGAAAAAAACCUUAAAUUGGAUGCAGCCAACCAGUUACUUGAACUGCACAAGACAAUGCAGCUAAGGCCUUUGCCGAGCAGUACCCCAGGUAGUGGAUCAGAGACAAUGUCAGAUUCAGGGGAUGAGGCAAGUCUCAAGCAGUUGUCACCACCAAGCCAAAGCUUAUCUGUUGGACCACAACCUCCAGCUGCAGUAAGUCCUAGUUUGAUCCGUCAAGAAGUUGCAAACAUGUCACUGUCAAGCACAAGUCACAUGGAGCAGGCACAUGUCGUUCCACCUGAAAUGGCUCAUGAGGGUGCAAAGUUUGAAGUGCCUCCAAGUUUGCACAUGAUGUAUAACCGUAAUGUACAGCCUAAGCUCCAGCAGGAAAAGGAUUAUCUUCGACUGCCUUUUCAAUAUUCCAGUUAUCAAGGGAAUAAAAAUUUAUCUUUAUCUGAUGCAGAAAUGUAUAGACAUGCAGCUAGCUUUUCUUCACUGAAAGUGCAAACAAGCCAUUUGGUCAAUGGCAACCACUUUGUUAAUGACAGUGCUUCCCAGCAUAUUUUGCGUUCCCCUGAAAAGUUUGAUUCACAAAGCCAGAGAAGGGAUCACAGCAAUUUUAGUGAAAACAUCUCAAAGAGAGAGGAACUUCCACAGGAUGACAGUGCAGUGAGAAAGUCUCCAGAGAGAACAAACAAUGUGGCUUGUCAUCGGGUGUCCGUCAUUCAGUAUCACUCUAGUGCACAAACAUCCUCAAAUGAUGGAAGAAAUGAAGAAAAUUUGAUCAAAGAUAAUUCACAAGAGACAUCAAAAGCUUUGAAAAGUAAAAUAAAUGAUCAUCUACAGAGUAAUGAAGAGCAGCAAAGGAACUACAACUUCAUGAACAGUAUGAAAUAUUUUUCCAGGAUUCCGAGGGAAGGAAUUCCAUACAUACCACUUACCACUGAAAGUGCUCUGGCACUACAGAUGUGGAACAAAGAGAUGAAUGGCCAUGCCAUAGAUUACUCUUGGGCUUUGAAGGAAGCCACAAGGUUGAAAAUGCAUAGAGAACAAAGUGGGCAGUUACCCCCUCCAAAGCAUAUGCCAGAAAAUGGCCAACAUAAUUUCUUCUCCCACAAAGAUGUGCAGCCAUCAGCAGAUAUCUACAAUUCUACUUCACCAGCAGUGCAAGAGAGAUCAGUUGAGAGGUUGAAGUACUUAGCAAGAGAACAUAUCAAGGUGAAGGACAUGGAAGGAGACACAAGAAGGGAGACAAAAUCACCUGUUGGUGGAAAUGAUUCUGAGACAUCUGAUACGUCAGACUCUGGCGAUGUUCUUCAACCUGGGAAAGUGUUGGCAAAUUCUGAACAACAGUCUUUAUCUUCUGAGCCCUUAGACCAGAGAUCCUCUCCAGAGAGCGCUAUUCACCACUGUCAAGUCUGCAAGAAGACGUUCUCCCGCUCUAGCCUACUUAAGCAGCAUUCAGUCAUCCACAUGGGAAACAAGCGCUUUAAAUUCCGCUGUGAAGUUUGUGGCAAGAUGUUUCGGACACGCAGUCAUCUGCGGGAUCAUACUAGAAUACACACAGGUGAGAGACCUUUCAAGUGUCACAUCUGUGAAAAAGCCUUCAAACAGUCCAGUGACUUAAAGAAACACAUCAACCUUCACACAGGAGCAAAUCAGUUUAAGUGUGAAGAGUGCAACAUGGAGUUCCGUAGAGCUGAUGCACUUCGCAAACAUAAGCUGGGACACAAAGUGGGGAACAUGCCUUGUGGACAUUGUGGGAAAAACUUCUUGCACAUUAAUGCCUUAAGAGCACACAGAGCCAUGCAUAAUGUGCAACCUGUAAAAGCAAGCAGAUCCUUUCACCGAUGUAACUACUGCUUUAAAACAUUUACGAAAGCAGAAAGCUACAAGAUACACAUUGAAGCACACUCUCGUGAGCAGAAUGGAACAGUGGUACCUUUUGAUUGCAAGAUCUGUUCCACAAAGUUCCUCUCAGAAGCAGCAUUUCAAGAUCACAUGAACAUUCACAACGGAAAGCGGCCUUACAAGUGUUUUGUUUGUGAUAAGGAAUUUUGCAUUGCUGAGCAUCUGCAAGAUCAUGUCCGCCUGCACUCCGAUGUGUCAUCACGUCAUAGGUGUGAGGAUGAUGGUAAUAAAUUUAAAAGACCAGAUGACCUUUUAAGGCAUUCAGCAAUUCAUGCUUAAUGGCAAAGGAGGUAGAAAAGUCAGCCAUUGAAAGAAAAAUAUAUUUAAAAAAAAUAUUGACUAAAAAAGUUUCUCAGACUAAUUACUCCAUACAUGUGAUAUCAGUUAUCUGAGUACUGAUAUUUGACCUUUCUGUACAAAACUUUAAAGUUUGGGUGUACGACAAUUCUGCUAUCUGGAUGUUGGAGGCAGUGUAGUAUUAUGAAGGUUUCAUAAGAGCAAAGGACAAAAUGAGUUACAUCCAAAGAUAGCAGUGCGAAAAAGUUAUGGUAUGAAAUAUUAGCUAUAACAAAUAAUUAUUAAUAAUAAUUAUUAAUAUAUUUUGAACUUAAGAUUAUCAUAAUUAUUAUUAUUGGCUGGCUCACUGUCAAUGAUAUUUUAGGAAAAAAGUUAUUGAUGCUGAUUAAAGGCAAGACUUCGUUUACUUUUUAAACUAAGUUCAUCAUUUGUACAGUGUAAAUAUCAGGAGAGCACUUUGACAUCAAGGAGUGCUGGUAUAGAAUCUAGGCCCCUUUUGGCAUCCCAUUUCUGGACACCUUUUUUAAGGGUCCAGAACUAAAAAUUGGACACCUGAAAGGAGGGAAUUUUGCCCACCUCCAGAAAAAGGACUGUUGUCAAGAUGACUCUCUGUGAAAAGAGCAAGGGUGUGCCUUGUGAUGAAUUACCAAUACUUUGAUCACAAAUUUUAUCAAUCACUGUUUAUUUAUAAAGUUAUUACACUGAAGGAAGAUUAUUUAGUCUAGUUUCUUUGACCAAAAACCUGCACAUGCCACAAAAUUUGGUUGGUUGGGUUUAGUUAUUGCCAUGUGUCACAAAUCAGACAUACUCAAUCAAACAUGCACCUUGGUAAUUAAGCUACUGAUAAGUAAAACUAAAGUUUUCAUGCUUCAA